AUGCCUAAUUACAUUAGCAAAAUAAAACUUCCAAGCGGAAGCGAGUACGAAAUCAAAGACGCAGUGGCUCGACAAUUAAUAGCCAACGGUGUGUCUUUUAUAAUUGCAUGGAAUGGUUCCGCGGCUCCCGUGAUUGCAAACAUUCCUGCCGGUGUUUCCGUCUCUUUCAACGGAACUUCUUACACCGGCACAUUAGCUGCUGGAAAUGCAACAGCCGGCGCUUUCUACCUGGUGAAAUCCUCCACACUUCCGUCCGACGAUAACCUGGACGUGUACGAUGAAUAUGUUGUUAUCGCAAACGGUAAUUCCAAAACCUGGGAGAAAAUAGGUGACACCCGUUUGAACCUUGGCAACCUUGGCGAUCUCGCUUACAAAUCCUCAGUAACCUUAAAUAAAGGUGCUGGAGAUAACGUUCUCGGAGAAGCAACUACGUUCGCAUUGUCCAGUGAUGCGGUAACACAUGGAUCACUUAACGGACACACCCAAAAAGUGCUUGGUUCUGGAGCCACUUUCAACACCGUUGUGACCCCAUCUCAAACUAUGUUAAAGCCAAUUGCGUCUUUAGGAGAUGCCAACAAAGUAGAAUUCAGUUUAGGCUCUGGAGAUCACGCAGAAACUUUGGUCAUCACGGCCACCGCAGCAGCUCCUUCUUAUGGAAGCGACAUUUCUGUUGUGACUGGGAUAGCUUCGACCUCUACAACGACAAGCAAUGCCGACUCCGUAGAUGCUGUAACAAGCAUGCCGGCGAGCAAAGUAGGCACAGCCAUCACUGUUGGCACAAACGACAAGGUUAAGGUUGCUAAAUAUAACGAUCUUUCCGUUUCUGUUUCAUAA